UCCUGCCACGUACAUUUGCUUCUUCUUCUCUGUCUUUCUUUUUUCUUUUCCCCUCUCCUUUCUUUUCUUUUCUUUUUAGCUUUUCAAACAUACCCAUUCGUCAUCUUUGCACGUCUUCCUUUUCCUUCCCCGUUGCUGCAUCUUUGUUACUUAUGACAUGGGCCACUCGGCUUUCUAUCUUUUCAACACAUCAUCUCUUUCUCUCUUGCUUUUUUCCCUUUCACUUGGCUUACUUCCUCCCGCUGCCGUUUCCUUUUUCCUUUUUCUUCUUGUUUCACCUUAAACUGAAGGCCCAAGUCACACUUCAAAGAAAAUACACGGCGUAUGGCGCGGCAAAAUCUCUUCGAUUUAACAACAACAACAACAUUAGCAAAAAGUAAUCGAAAAGCUGCGUAUAAUU